AUCAAGAUGGACGACCAGGACAAAUGCACUCCCAAGACAGUAGAUGAAAUUGCAAAAGGGUUUCCUUUUUCUCAACGCUUUCAUACUCAUGGAGAAGAACCUCACAGCCAGCUACGUCGACCACAGAUACGCAUUCGUACUACUGCCCUUCAAGAGCGACUUUAUAAUGAGGAGCUUUUUCUUGUCCGCCUUCUUUCCUACCAACGCGAAGACCAACGGCGAAUUAAGGAAGCCUUAGUGGAUCGUGUAGAAUGGCUGCUUCAGCGCAUUCCCAUUGACAUACUUUCAUAUCAGUGGCUUCAAAACUGCACAAUUUCAGUUGAGGUCCGUGCCUUUCUUGCCGAACAUCUCUUUCCUAUUCUUGUCCUUGGUUUGGAGCAUGUACUUCGUGAAGCAGAUCAACAUGGAUUAUGCCAACCAUCCGAAGGUAAAACUGAUGAAGAAAAAGCUGAAUUCGAGCAAAUGAAAGUUAAUUUUAAUCCACUUAAUCGUCUCGCAGAAUUUUUAAUGCGUAAUAACCCAAAAUAUGAUAACCUUACGGGAAAUAUCUGCCUUACACCAUAUUCGCGUGGAAUUCGGCAGAUUUUGGGAUUGUUGAAACAAGACCUGUUUCUCAAGUCAGAUACGGAAUUGGCGAAAUUUACGGCUGCUGCGGACAAAAGAAAAUCGGAUUUUGAAAUGCUUAAGGAGCAAGAAGAAAGAGAAUUAGAUGAGAAGAGACGGAAACUAGAUCCAGUAUUUGACUGCUUCAGGCUGGACGGCAGGGAUGAUAUAAAUGCUGUGGUAGUCCAAAAGUCUAUACAGUCGUUUCUUCAGAUCGCCAUAAACCUCCCUGAGAACUUGAUGAUAACCGAACGACCUGUUGUUCAUGUCGAACCCGUAGAUGAAAAUGUUGAAUGCUACAUUCGAUCCGAGUUUUUAACAUAUACGAUGGCGCUUGUUCGACCCCUUUCCAUGGAAGCCUUCGAUAUGCUAGUUGAACACAUGCAACGAUGUGCUCGUGAGUAUCGAGAACACGUCAACCAACGUCUCAAACUGGAUGUUCUGACAGAAAUCGCCAUCAGCUGUGAUAAAGACGCGGUGGGUAAAAAAAUGGAUGUCGGAAAAGUCAGUGUUGAGGAUACCGAAACUCUCUUUGCUGUUACCAAUAAAAAUUUACGAUAA